UCCAUAAAAUAGUUUACAUUAAGUAUUUUAGCAGCAUACGAAAAUUCGUCGUGGGUUUGAACUUUGACGCAACCGCCGUUAUUGCAGCUACGAGUGUCGGCUAUAGUGAGCAAUUCGCCUUACAUUCUAAUGCUUGAUUGCGACAUGUUCUGUAAUGAUCCAUCGUCGGCAAAACAGGCCUUGUGCUUCCAUUUUGAUCCGAAGUUGUCUUCAUCUCUGGCAUUAGUGCAAUUCCCUCAGAGGUUUUGCAAUAUCAACAGCAACGAUAUUUAUGACAGCCAGCUUCGAUCCAUCUUUUCGGUAAUUUGCAGAUAGUUAAAUUAAUUUAAUGAAUCAAAAGAUUUUUU